GUCUCUUAUUCACCUUCUCACCACUUUGUAGCGUCAAGUACAUUUCCUUUAAUAAUGUUUUUAUAUUGAAGCUUAAAAAAACAUUAGAUUAUCAUGUCGGCUGUCAGUGUGCCACGUGGCACCUGUUGUCGUAAGUGCAAUCACUACUGUUCCUCUGCUACUUUACCAAUAACGCUACUCGCUUUCACUGUAUCACAGAGAGUCUCAGAAUCAUCAACCUUCUACUAAAAUGGACCACAACAAUCCUCAACCUGCUAUCGAUCCCAGAAGCGGUUUCAACUCAGAAACAAAAAUUUUCCAUAGCCUCAGACCUCCCAUUCAUCUUCCUCCCGAACAUUUUGCGAUCUCUGCUGCAGCAUAUGCUCUCUCUCUCCGCCGCAAUUUGCCUUGGCCUGACUCAGUCGCGCUCAUCGAUUCUUCCACGGGUCAACACAUUUACUACUCCGAGCUCACUCACCGUAUUAACACCCUCGCCGCCAAUCUCCAAACCACCAUCGGACUCUCUAAAGGUGAUACAGCAUUUAUACUCUCUCCCAACUCAACUACCAUUCCGAUCCUCUACUUCUCGCUUCUCACUCUCGGCGUCGUAAUCUCUCCGGCCAACCCUCUCAGUACCGAGUCAGAGAUUAUGCGGCUCAUCGGGCUUUGCAAGCCAAUUGUUGCAUUUUCCACAUCAGCUUUCGCUCACAAACUCUCAAAGCUCCGUCCCAAAAUCAAAAUCAUUAUCAUCGAUUCCCAUGUGUUCGACACAAUGACUAAGAGCUCAAAAUGGGAGCUUGAGCCGGCGGAAGUGAGACAAUCCGAUUUGGCGUCCAUCAUGUAUUCUUCGGGGACAACCGGGAAAGUCAAAGGAGUGAUGUCGACCCACAGGAAUCUGAUAGCCAUGAUCGCAACCUACCACGCUCCUUUGAUAAAGAGGGAGUCGCCCGCAGUUUUCAUCUACACGGUGCCGUAUUUCCACAUGUUUGGGUUUUUUUACUGCGCCAGGUCGGUGUCUGUGAGUGAUACGGUGGUGGUGGUGAUGGGGAAGUUUGAUGUGAGAAAGACGUUGCGAGCUGUGGAAGAGUUUAAGGUGACACACAUGAUGUUGGUCCCACCUGUGGUGGUGGCCAUGGUGAAGUCUAACUUAACCGCAGGCUAUGACUUAAGCUCGCUGGAGCAGGUCACGUCCGGUGCAGCUCCACUAGGGAAGGAUGUGAUUACUGCCUUCAAAUCCAAGUUUCCAGACGUUGUUUUGGCACAGGGUUAUGGUAUGACAGAGGUGACAGGGGCAGCUUUCCGAACAAUUAAUCGAGAAGAAACUGAGCGGUGGGGUUCAACAGGGAGGCUAUCUGGAGGUUUUGAAGCAAAAAUUGUAGAUGCAGAGACAGGGAAGGCUUUGUUUCCAUGCCAAGAAGGAGAGCUUUGGCUUAGAGGACCAUCCAUAAUGAAAGGUUAUAUGGGUGACAAAGACACAGAAACAACUUGGGCGGCCAUAGUCUCCGGUGGUUGGCUGAGGACAGGUGACCUCUGUUAUAUUGAUGAGGAAGGUUUCCUUUAUGUUGUUGAUAGGCUCAAGGAGUUGAUCAAAUACAAAGGAUAUCAGGUAACCCCUGCAGAACUGGAACAGUUGCUCCAAACCCACCCGGAGAUAGUUGAUGCUGCUGUCAUACCCUAUCCUGAUGAAGAAGCUGGUCAGCUGCCCAUGGCUGUGGUGGUAAGGCAAUCAAAAAGCACCAUCGGUGAAGCAGAUGUGAUCAACUUUGUUGCCAGUAAGGUUGCCCCAUACAAAAAAGUUAGGCGUGUGGUAUUUGUGGAAGUCAUACCAAAGAGUGCAGCAGGGAAAAUAUUAAGAAAAGACUUGAGGAAGAUUUUUGUCCCAGGCUAUUUGUCUAGACUGUAACCAAUCUUCAUUUUAUUGAUGUUUCCUCAUCUUGCCAAUAAACUUGAGCAGAUAGUUCAUGCUGAUGGGUAAUAGCUUUGCCUUUAAGCUUACAGUGUAUAAUUAAAAAAAAGAAAAAUGCGUCAUAGCAGAAACCUCACCAAUAUAAAUAGCUAGAUUAGGCCCUCUAGGUACGUCUAAUGCAAAACUAUAUUGUACUAAUUUUGUUGUACUACACUGAACUGGAUUUUAUUGCAUUAGAUUGUUCUCUGUUAA